AUCGGGUUCCGAUCCCACCUUGGUUGACAUACGUAAUGGACGUAUGCAUGGAGAAAUGUGGAGCGAGAGUGGCUAACAAAGGUCGUGCGUCGUGUUGCAGUAGUGUAGAAGAAACGUGAGGCAGAGCACGAGAUACUCAACUUUUUACUACCAUUAUUCCAACUAUCGAUCCGUCCCCUGUUUAUGCAGGAUACAAUUCUCAUCGGAGAAAGUGUGCGAGCUCGACAGAAGUAAACACUGGUGGUGAGAAGAGUCUGCUUUCACUCCAGUGCCACACACACAACCAUCCACUCAACGCAGCGGUAGUCAGCCAGCAACACGGACGAUACGAGGCAACAGCCUGACCUAAAUCGUGGCCUGGUUGGGUGUGGUUGCAUAUUGACCUUGAAGAGAUGGCGAGUCCGGGAGCUAUUGCAUCUUCGCUGAAACACUACUGUUGGAACCCCCGAAAGUCGGAUUUCUUCCCAAGUUUUGACGCAGAAAUAGAGUUGGACCGAACUGUGAUUAGACCCUUCAAACCCAUUUCCGGACGACUCAAAUUGGCAACUUCGAGACUCGUCAAAUUUCAUGGGGGGAUCCGCGUCCAGCUCGACGCAAAUGUGAGACUUCGCUUCCAAUCCAAGGUGGAUAAUCGGAUCAACAUGAAUUGGGCGAUUUCGAGCAUUCUCAAAGACGCCCCAGAAGCAGACGAGGGUAACUAUGUCCUCUCCCCGGUGAGAGUCCAACUCCUUGGAAAUGAGGACGACCCGGACCAUUUCGACCAACCCUGCACUAUGGAACCAGGCAGCUACACGUACCCUUUUUUACUCCACAUGCCUGGAGAUCCACUCCCAGCGCCAUUCAGGUCGCAGCUGGGCUCUCUCCAAUUCUACGUCACGGCCUACAUGGGUUCGCCCCAUUGCUAUGUUCAAGUGGCCGAAAGGCUGGUGAAUUUCGGUGGUUUUCUCGACCUCACACAAGAUCCUAAAGCAUCUCAGCCCCUGGAAACCACGUCUCACUUGCACGAAUCCAUCUUCUCGUGCAAACCCCUCGCCACUUUCACUCUCACCACGGAAAGGACUGGUUUCCACCCGGGGGAGCAGAUCCCCUUCACCCUCAGCAUCUCCAACCCCAAAGGCAAGGAGAUCCAGAAGGUGAAUGUCAGCCUGGUCAGAAAGUCCACUUACACGACGCAAGGAGCUGUCAAAACGACGAGCGUCGUGUUGGACAGUUUCGACGUGGACACGACCCAAAAGGAGGGUGCGGAUGCAGUUAGUACCAACGCGGACCACGAGAUUAUGUACAUGGGCGUCGUCACGGUUCCAAAGCCAUGUGUCCCAAGCUACCAUGGGAAUCCAAUUUAUGCAGUGACCCAUCUUUUGCAGUACGAGGUGAAAGUUGGGGGUCACCCAGCCCUGGGAAAAGGUCAGGCUGAUAUUUUGGUGGGGACAACGAAACCCUCGGCCGCCCUCCUUGUCAACCGGUGGACGAGUCGACGGGAGAGCAGUCCGCUCGUGAAGGGGGAGGAGAGUCCCAUCGAACCCGUGAAAACUCGUCCACGUUCCCACUCGGUCAUCGUGAGGAGCGGCCAUCGUCCGGUCCUCAGUGGGCGCGUCUUCACCGACCUCCUCAACCCGCCCAUCGCCAGCACUACGAGAACAUUGAGCAUGAUGAGCAUGCGGGACUUGGAGGAGGAGGAGGAAAUCUCGUAAAUCUGCAGAAAACUGGACAAAUUUCCAAAAUUGCUACAAUUAUAAACACAAUGCGUGCUGCAAAAGGUGUGCCUAUGAUAAUUUAUGUCUUCAAUUGUGGGGUUACCCUUUCUUUUGUUACUAUUAUUACACUGCGAAUUAAUGAUUCUCAAGGUUGAAAAAUUAUGCCUCAAACUUUACGUACAAUAUAUGUAAAUAUUCAUGCUCAUUCUAACAAAAUUAUACUUAUAUCGACUACACACUACAAAUAUGCAUAAUAUUUCAUGUGCAUUCCAUUAAUGACAAAUUCGCACAUCGUUUCACGUCAACUUCAUCACCACGAAUAAAUACUUCACUGCAUCCUCGCAGGUUAAGAACGACUGCCAACUUUUUGGCCUACCCACUGAGCGACAUGUAAAGACAGUUCUAUCGACCAUCAUGUAUACAUGCAUACAUGCCCGAUCUAAAUACUAAAAUAGAAAUGUGUGCGAUAAAUCUAUAUCCACUUGUGAGAUUGCGAGUAACUAACUAAUAUUUUUAUGGAUUCAUUGUAUAUUUAUUGCCCGACAAAAUUAUAUUUCAUUUCGCAUGAGAGUUUGCUCCCGUGUCAAUAAAUAAAGUGCGGAAUGUGCUUAAAAUAACCUUGCGAAA